AUGCGAACACGAAUACCCUCUCGCUUUCCUGUGCCCAUCAUUCAAUUCGCGGAACGAAAUGAUAUUCCAGAAUUGGUGCGUGUUUGGCUUGCGGCCGAAAGAACCAAUCUUCUCAUGUUCUACCACUUUCCCACAGAAGAGAGCAGAUCCGAAUAUGCUGAGCAAGCAAUCAAAGUAUUAGACGAGAACUUUGAUGACCCGCACCUUCUCCUCUUGAAAGCUGUGGAUCCAGAUACAAGCCGGAUCACGGCCAUGGCUGUUUGGCAAAAGAGGGGUUACGGACAGCCCAGUGCGCAGUCGGAGGAUAUAUUCGCUGGUGCUGGAGAUUCCGAUCAAAUACCCCUGGAACGCUAUAUCGACACCCAAUUCAAGCGAUUCCUGGCUUCGUGGGCUCAGAACUCAAAACAUCUCUACCUCGCGCUUCUCAUGACCGAUCCUAACUUCCAACGAAGAGGUAUCGGGACGGCGAUGCUGGAAUGGGGUCAUAAGCAUGCGGAUGAGGCUGGCAUACCGGCGUUUCUGAUUGCUUCCCCAGUUGGGCACCCCUUAUAUCAGCAUGUGGGCUGGAAGGACGUCGAUACACCUCUGCAGAUUGACUUGUCACAGUGGGCAGCAGGUGCUCAGGGAGGCGAUAUGGGCUGGGGAGUGUACAAGUAUUACUAUAUGUUGCGCAUGGCAAAAACGGCUGCCAUGCCAGAGUGA